AUGCUCGCCUCGCUCUUGAGGGCGGCGGCCGUUGCCGCUCUCGUCGAGACUGCGGUUGGCGGCAUUGUGCCCCGCAACACGACCGACAGCUUCGGAGCCGCAAGCCGGGGAAAGAGUGUUUUGGACUGGUCUGACGCCGCCAAACUCCAGCCAGCCACAUACCAGGGCGCGAGCUACGGCUGCAAGUGCUACGUUGGCCAGAGCUGCUGGCCGUCGUCGAGCAAGUGGAGGCAGCUCAACCAGACGGUUGACGGUGCGCUGCAGGUGCACACGCCUCCUGGUGCCGUAUGCCACAAUACCUUUGCCGGGCCCCUGGGCACCGUCAACACAUACGACGCGGCUGCUUGCGCUGACGCCCAGGCCAACUUUGCCAGCGAGGCAUGGACCGUCGAGAAGCCAGGUGCCGCUAUCUGGACCUACUUCACCAACGAGACGUGCCGGCCCACGGCCAACCCGGCCGAUGCUUGCACGCUGGGCUACUACGGCAUCUACGUCAUCAUGGCAACCAGCCAGGAGCACAUCAAGGCCGGCAUCGACUUUGCGCGCCGCAACAACAUCAGACUGAUCGUGCGCAACACGGGCCACGACUUCAUUGGCCGCAGCACCGGCUACGGAUCCCUCAUCAUUAACACGCACAGCUUCAAGUCGGUCAAGUGGCUUGACAGCUACACCGGCCCCGGCUCGUACCGCGGCACCGCCGUCACCAUUGGCGCCGGCGUCCAGGGCGGCGAGAUCCUCGCCCAGGGCCAUGCUCUCUACCCGCCUCUGGCUGUUGUCACGGGCGAGUGCGCCACGGUUGGCAUCGCCGGCGGCUUUAUCCAGGGCGGUGGCCACGGACCGUGGACUACCCUCAAGGGCAUGUCCGUCGACAAUGUCCUCGCUUUCGACGUCAUCACGGCUGCAGGCGACUACCUCACGGUCAAUGCCCAACAGAACGCCGACCUGUUCUGGGCGCUCAAGGGCGGCGGCCCCGCGUCGUUUGCCGUGAUCCUGUCCGUGACCAUGAAGACGUUCCCCGACUUGGCCUCGUCGGGUGCCACGCUGUACGUCAACGGCACGGCGCUGUGGGUCGACAGCCUCGACGUGUUCCACAAGUGGUCCAACCACUUUGUCGACAAUGGACUGUACGUGUACUAUGAGAUGAUGCCCUUCACGCUGCGCGCGCGCCCGUUUGUCGGUAUUGGCAAGACCAUGGCAGAGCUGCAGACGGUGCUGCAGCCCUUCCUCGACGAGCUCACGGCUAGGGGCGUGCCGUUCGAGUUCGCCAUCAAGUCGUACCCGACCUUCUUCGACCUGUACCACGACCUCUUCGAGGCUGAGAAGGCAGCCGACACGGCGCUGACGGGCGGCUGGCUGUUCAACCACGACGACAUGGCCAGCCGCCGCUCCGAAAUUGUCGCCGCCUUCCAGACCGUCAUCUUCCCGCGCCAGGACCUCGUCGGCAUCAUGAUUGGCCACUUGUUCAACCCGGGCUACAGCGUCCCUGUGGCCGACGCGGCCACCCACCCGGCCUGGCGCAACGCCACCGACUUUGUCAUCGCAGUUCUACCCGUGCCCGCGACAGCGUCGCUCGCCGUCAAGGCCGAUCUUCAGAACGUCCUGACCAACACCAUCGAUGCGGCGCUGCGGGGCGCGAGCAGGAGCGGUGCCACCUAUGUGAACGAGGCCAACCCGUACCAGGCCGACUGGCAGAGCCACUUCUGGGGCACCUCGUAUCCCCGGCUCAAGGAACUCCGCGGCAAGUGGGACCCCCUGGGCAUCUUCUAUGCUGUGGCAACGCCGGGCACCGAGGCCUGGGAGGUUAUUGAGGACGGCACUCGGCUGUGCAAGAAGCUCUGAGUGCACAUGAUCUGAGGACGGGGUUAACUAUCCUGUGCCGGGUGGCGCGGCCGACGAGUCUUUUGGAGUAUGAUUUGUCGAGGUCCGCUCCGCACAUGAUUAGCCGACGAUGGAUUCGUGGCCAACCCCUGAGCAUACUUGAGGCAGGGGAAAUUCUCAACCUGUUUCCGGGCGACCCGGCAACUGGUUCGCAUCGCAUCAUUUUUAACGGCAGGUAUUGAAGCCGUUAAUCUGGAGGCAUAUGUGCGGUCAUGCUUUCUGAGUCCU